AUGUCAGCCGCUGCCGUAGAAGAGAAGCCUAAAGUCGAAAAGAAGGCUGCCGUCAAGAAGCCUAAGGCUAAGGAUGCUAAUGCUACCGAGUACCCACUUGAGAUGAAUCCCCCUCCUGAAUACCUUCAGCAUCGUAUUGAAUUAUUUGACAAGUGGAAGAAAGAAGCUGAUGAGGAAAUUGCUAAGAAGCCUCGUGAACCCAUUACUAUCACCUUGCCCGAUGGCUCAACCAAGGAAGGUGUCUCUUGGGAAACCACUCCUUUGAGCUUAGCAGCUGAUAUUUCCAAGUCUCUUGCCGAACGCACCAUCAUUGCCAAGGUUGACGGUGAUCUCUGGGACUUGACUCGACCUUUCGAAAAGUCUUGUAAUUUGCAAUUGCUUGAUUUUGAAAAUGACGAAGCCAAGAAGGUCUUUUGGCACUCUUCUGCCCAUAUGCUUGGUGAAGCUUGUGAAAGACAUUAUGGUUGCCAUCUUUGUAUUGGUCCCCCAUUAGAUGAAGGUUUCUAUUAUGAAAUGGGAGUCAAGGAUCGUGUUGUCAGCCAAAAUGAUUACCCUAGUCUCGAAAAAUUAGUCAGUCAAGUUGCCAAAGAGAAGCAACCCUUCGAACGUCUUGUUGUCUCCAAGGAACAACUCUUGGAAAUGUUCAAGCAUAACCCUUAUAAGGUUCAUAUCAUCAACGAUAAGAUUCCUGAUGGUACUUCUACCACUGUCUACCGAUGUGGUCCCUUGAUUGAUUUGUGUAGAGGUCCUCAUGUUCCUCACACUGGACGUGUUAAGGCUUUCACUAUUACCAAGAGCUCUGCAUCCUACUUUUUGGGUGACGCCAAGAACGACUCACUUCAACGUAUCUAUGGUGUCUCUUUCCCUGAUAAGAAACAAAUGACUGAAUUCAAGAAAUUUAUGGAGGAAGCCGCUAAGCGUGAUCAUCGUAAGAUUGGCAAGGAACAAGAACUCUUCUUCUUCCAUGAAUAUUCUCCUGGCUCUGCCUUUAUGCUUCCUCAUGGUGCUCGUAUCUACAAUAGCUUGAUGAAUUUGAUAAAGGAUGAAUACAUGAAACGAGGUUUCACCGAAGUUAUCACUCCCAACAUGUUCAACAUGAAACUCUGGAACCAAUCUGGUCAUGCAGCAAAAUACAAGGAAAACAUGUUCUCGCUUGAUGUUGACAAGGAAGAAUUCGGUUUGAAGCCCAUGAACUGUCCUGCUCACUGUUUGAUGUUUGCUCACAGAGAAAGAAGUUACCGUGAACUUCCUUAUCGUUUCGCUGACUUCGGUGUUCUCCAUCGUAAUGAAUUUUCUGGCGCCCUUUCUGGUUUAACCCGUGUCCGCCGUUUCCAACAAGAUGAUGCACAUAUUUUCUGUCGUGUUGAUCAGAUUGAACAAGAAAUGAAUGGCUGUUUCGAGUUCUUGAACCACAUCUAUGGUAUCUUUGGCUUCGACUUCCACUUGAAACUUUCCACUCGCCCCGAAAAUUACCUUGGUGAAAUUGAAGUUUGGAAUAAAGCCGAAAAGAUGUUGGAAGAUGCUUUGAACAAAUUCUGCUCAAAGAAGGGUAUCCAAUGGGAACUUAACCCAGGAGAUGGUGCCUUCUAUGGUCCCAAGAUUGAUAUCGUUAUUUCUGACGCCCUUCGUCGUAAGCAUCAGUGUGCCACUAUCCAACUUGACUUUAUGCUGCCACAACGAUUCAAUUUGGAAUAUCGUACUGAAUCUACUGAUUCUAGUGAAAGCAUGUCACGUCCAGUAAUUAUUCAUCGUGCUAUUCUUGGAUCAGUUGAACGUAUGAUGGGUAUUGUUAUUGAACACUUUGCUGGUAAAUUCCCCUUCUGGUUAUCACCUCGUCAAGUUCAAGUUGUUCCUGUUGCCGCUGCUUUCUUUGAUUAUGCCAAGGAGAUUACUGAUGAAUUGAUCAACUUGGGUAUUUAUGCUGAUGCUGAUUUAUCAGACAAUACUUUGAAUAAGAAGAUCAGAAAUGCAGAAUUAGCACAGUAUAACUUUAUCUUUGUUGUUGGAGGAGAAGAAGCCAGUACAAGAUCUGUGAAUGUUCGUAAUCGUGACGACGUUGGUACCAAGGCUAAGGGACAAACCAUUCCUUUGGAAGAAGUAUUGAAGAGUGUUCAAAGAUUAAAGCAAUCCAAGAGUUUAGAAAAUAAACUUUAA